CCUCACCAGCAUCAGUAGCACACAGCCAGCCUCGGAUGAGCGUACAUUGGUUGUUGCCUUAGUUUAAAAAAGAACAGGAUACACAAGGACAGAAAGAAAGAUAAAGAAACUCCUUGGGGAUUACAAAGGGAAACCUGGGCCUGCACAUGAUUCGGUAGGGGAGAAUAAAAAGCCGCCUCUGUGCCUGAACCCCAGCUCGAGUGUCUGUCCUCUGAGGGAGCGACGUAGUGAAGAAGGAUGUCUGCUAGAGGGGGAAAGAAGAAAAGCACCAAGCAGUCCCGCUCUGCCAGGGCGGGGGUCAUCUUCCCUGUGGGCAGAAUGAUGAGGUACCUCCGCCAUGGGACACACAAGUACCGCAUUGGCAUGGGCGCACCGGUCUACAUGGCAGCUGUCAUAGAGUACCUGGCAGCUGAAAUUCUGGAAUUAGCUGGCAAUGCUGCCAGGGACAAUAAAAAAGGCAGAAUAACUCCACGUCACAUCAAGCUUGCAGUUGCCAAUGAUGAAGAACUUAAUCAGCUGCUGAAAGGAGUGACUAUAUCCAGUGGAGGGGUACUGCCCAGGAUCCACCCAGAGCUACUGUCCAAGAAGAGGGGUGCACGGGUCAAAGUGGAUUCCCAGGCUUCCUUGCCUGAGAAGAAAGCCAGCCCUGUGAAAAAUGCCAUUAAGAAGCCUGCAGGCAAAAAAACCAGCAAAGGAAAACCUGGAAGGAAAUCAAGGGAGAAACGUGCAGAGAAUAGUAAAGAGGGGGCCUCAAGUUCCACUUCAGAUGAUGGGCCUGGCGAUGGUUUUACGAUACUCUCCACAAAGAGCCUUUUCCUGGGCCAGAAGCUUUCUCUGACACAGAGUGAAAUCAGUAAAAUUGGAUCAAUUAAAGUCGAAGGAAUCAUCAACCCGACAAAUGCAGACAUUGACCUGAAAGAGGGUGUUGGUAAUGCUUUGGAGAAAGCUGGAGGGAAGGAGUUCCUCGAUGCAGUAAAGGAACUGCGGAAGUCCCAUGGGCCACUGGAGGUAGCAGGAGCGGCAUUGAGCCAAGCCAACGGACUAGCAGCCAAGUUUGUGAUUCAUUGCAACAUCCCUCAGUGGGGUUCAGACAAGUGUGAGGAGCAGCUAGAGAAGACCGUCAAGAACUGCUUGUCAGCCGCCGAGGACAAAAAGCUCAAAUCUGUGGCUUUUCCUUCAUUUCCCACAGGCCGAAAUGGUUUCCCGAAGCAGACAGCAGCCCAGCUGAUCAUCAAGGCGAUUUCCAGUCAUUUUGUCUCUUCCACAUCUUCUUCCCUGAAAAACAUCUAUUUUGUCUUGUUUGACAGUGAAAGCAUCGGCAUAUAUGUGCAGGAAAUGGCCAAACUUGACACCAAGUAAAACAGGCUGAUGUGUAAUUUUACAGUUUUAAUAAAAUGAUAAGUUGGGUUUUUAGCUGCCGAUCUAGAAUGGACAAGAGGAAUCAUGUCCUUAGAAGAUAAUUUUAAAAAUUUGCUUUUUAUAACAAAAGGUGGAACUAGUUUUUUGUGAGGAAAAAUGUUUGUGUGAAGUACUGUAUGCUUUUCAACUACACUGUUUUUUAGUCACCUUUUAAAAGAAAGUUAGAGUGGACUUAGAGCUAAAUAUAAGUUUUCAACUUUAAGAUGAUGGCCCAUGACUUUUGUUUUCUUGAUUUGUCCUUACAUUCCGUGUACAAAGACAAAUUUUAAAAGACUGUUAUCUGUUCUUUCCCAUGAAUAUCCCUUGUAGUUUCUGAUACUGUUAGUUUACUAAAAAAAUGUACGUUUGACAUUCUGCUUUAAAAUAAAAACAGAUGUUUGACAACAAAUGA